AUGAACCUACCAUCUACCGUGCACGACCAAGAUGCCUUCCCAGCGAAAGCCGCAUCAUCCAAUGCUGCGACCACUAAAACAGUAGCUGCUUCAGUCCGCGCACUGCCUGUGCCAAGUGCCAAUGCGGCCAAUGCGGCCACCGCGGUGACACCAGCAGCUACUAGCGGCGUGAGCGCUUCUCUGCCAAGUAGAAGCAGCUCUCUCUACAGGGCGCAUACUAUUAAAGGCAAGCCUUCCACUUCUCAGACUUCGCUGCCGGACAGCACCAUGACAGCCCAGGUCCUCCCAACUCAUGCUCCGGCAUUCGCAGACCAUUCCUUUCUGGAACGCUCGCCUUCUCCGCACACGCGCGCUAGUACGCACAAUGCUAUGGUAGAGGCAAUGACGACCGGGCGGAGUCCUAGUCUAGGAAGAAGCCCUAGCUUUAGAAGCAGCCCUGGAAUUAUCCGCAGAUUGUCUCGGGGUGCGUCUAAUAGACUUCGCCGCAGGGCAUCGACGCAGCAUUCUCUGCGGCUGAGAGAUCCAAGUGCAGGACCCACCCUGAUCAGGCGGCGCAGCGACAGUAACGGCGCUUCUGACAUGGGAGAACAAGUCUCGGACCUCGAACUAGACAGUACCACUGAGGACGUGAUCGAAGAUACUCCCUAUCCAUCCUCUCUAGGCGAUCAUCACAACGCUCUUGGUAUCAGCUUGGCUGGUCGACCUGGCGCUGCUUCGAGCAGCACCGUCGAUAAUGCUUUCGAAGGUGGCAUAGCUCCCGCAAAUUCGGCCGUCCUCGAGGCAGGAACUUGGCUCACGAAGUUGACGAAGCGGCGUCAGAAGCGCAUUCGGUUAUGGCUCGACUCCAAUUCAGCACGGGUGUGCUGGCACUCGUCAAACCCAAGCAAAUCUUUUUUCAUAGACGAUGUCCGCGAGGUUCGCAUCGGUGUCGAGUCGAGGAACGCGAGGGAUGAUGUGCAGGUGCUGCCAGAACACGAAGGUAGAUGGGUCACCAUUGUGUACGAUGUGCCGGAACGUUCGAAAGGGAGGGCAAUCAAGACUAUGCAUGUCCUGAUGCCUGACGAUUAUCUUCUCGGGCUGUGGACAAACGCACUGAACACAGUCACAAGAGAACGCAUCGAAAUCAUGAACGCUUUGUCGUCCAAUCCAGAAAAGAGCGACAGGAGCGUGUCAAUGGCUUGGCACCAGGUCAUGACUCGCAAAACGGUACCGAGCGACGGCCGGUUCGCUCUCGAUGAUGCCAGAUGGCUCUGCCGCAAGCUGGAGAUCAACUGUUCCGAGUCUGCUGUCAGGACACACUUCAGGUCAGUCACAUCCGACGAGACCGCCGGGUUGGACUACGAGCAGUACAAGCACUUCGUCCAAUCAUUCCGAGAACGAAAGGACAUUCAGCAUAUUUAUCGUAAUAUGAAGUAUGGCACCCAGAUUGAUAUGGACCUGGAAACGUUCAUGGAGUUCCUCAAGCGUGAACAGAUGGUUGACGCCGUCAAAGAACGUAGCCACUGGGAAAGCGUUUUCGAUAAAUACGCCCGUCCGACAAAGCCACUUCCCUCAUCGGACAAGGGUUCAUCCUUGACACACCGGACUCUGAGCAUGCAAGGCUUCCAAAGCUUCCUUACGUCCUCUCACAGUACACCGCUCAAACCGCUGAAAAGUGAGCCUACACUGGACCGGCCACUCAAUGAGUACUACAUCUCGAGCUCACACAACACAUAUCUGCUUGGGCGGCAAGUCGCCGGCGCUUCGAGUGUAGAAGGGUAUAUCGCGGCGCUCGUCAAAGGCUGCCGUUGUAUCGAGAUUGACUGCUGGAAUGGCGACAAUGGAAGGCCCAUGGUCACGCACGGGUUCACGAUGACUACCAGAAUACCCUUCGAAGAUUGUGUUUCUGUCAUUGCCAAAUACGCCUUCAACAGCUCCCCGUAUCCGCUCAUCGUCUCGCUAGAAGUACACUGCAGUUCUGUACAGCAAGUCGCUAUGGUAGGGCUGAUGAAGAAGUAUUUUGGAGACAUGAUGGUUACUGAGACGCUCAACUCCAACACAAUGGUGCUACCGUCCCCUGAAGAGCUCAAGAACAAGAUUCUCAUCAAGGUCAAAGCAUCUGAAGGCACUGAGCAGAAUCCGAUGAGCUCCGAAAAUGCUGAAGUUGGUCCUCGUCCAGACGGGAGUAGCAGAGCGCAAAGCCUCACAGCCUUCAGCCGUACUUCCUCGGUCGAGAACCAAAGUGCGAUGUCGUCCCCAUCACUCUCGGCCUCUGCGGCGACCAGCUUCUCUGAAAGCUAUCCCUUACUCCCGGCGCACGGAUCUGUGGCAUUUGGGCCGAUGGCGACACCCAGCAGUUCUGCCGACGACAGCGACGAGAUCCCACCUUCGUCUGAAAAAUCAAAAAAGCCUCGUAAGACUACCAGGAUCACGCACGAGCUCGGCAAGCUGGGCGUCUACACCCAGGGCAUCAAAUUCACAGGCUUCGAAGCUCAGGACGCGAAACUGUACAACCACAUAUACUCGCUUGCCGAAAACCAGUUCGACCGGUUGUGCGCCAAGAAUACCGACAACAAGGCACUACUCGAAUCACACAACUUGCGUCAUCUCAUGCGAGUAUACCCUGGCGCUAAGCGCGUCGAUUCGUCGAACUUCAAUCCUCUGCAGUCGUGGCGCCGUGGUGUUCAAAUGGCCGCGCUCAACUGGCAAACGUACGACGUUCAUCAGCAAGUCAACGAGGCCAUGUUUGCGGCUGGGUCAGAUCGACUUGGCUAUGUACUGAAGCCGGAGGAGCUGAGACAUGCCAAACAUCAGCCUAUAGCAGGUUUCGUCUCAAACGCCGCCGGGGGAAAGGAAAAGAAAGGCAAAAAGCUGGUCAAGUUCAGCGUGGAUAUCAUCUCAGCGCAGCGCCUGCCACGACCACGAAACCAGAGUACGGAGGGCGGCAUGAAUCCCUACAUUGAAUUCGAGAUGUAUUCGGCCGAAGACAAAGCACGUGGCAUCGCGACUGCGGAGGGAGGCGUGGACGCGUCAGCGCCUGAUGGGUCUUCAGGCAUCGGCUCUCCUCUUCGCAAGCGAACGCGGAUCGUAGAUGGCAACGGCUUCGAUCCACAGUACAACCAGCCUAUCACGCUCGCGGUGGAGACGAAGUAUCCCAGCCUGAUUUUCGUUCGGUGGACGGUAUGGAACGCGCCCGAGGGCAAGAAAUCUGCCUCAAACAGUGCUCUACUGGCCACAUUCACUGCAAAGCUCGACAGUCUGCAGCAAGGGUACCGGCACUUGCCUCUUUUCAAUCCACAAGGCGAGCAGUAUCGUGACGCCAAAUUAUUCGUCAAGAUUCGGAAGGAGGCGCCCAUUGCUCUCCAGCAGGAAGACAACGCCAGCGGGUUCACACAAGCCUCGGCCUUCUCUCGUGGUGGAGAAGUCAACAGGAAUGGCUGGUCCUCUACGCGUGGGUCCCUCCGCGGAAUCUUCAGCCGAACGCCAAGCACGAACGGACGCAGGAAAGGCGACAGCUCGAGCGACAUUGCCGGUCCGCUGAGUCGAACCUCGAGUAUGGACCGCGACUCGAUCAAUUGA